AUGGCGACGGCGAAAUGUCUGCAACCUAGAAUCAUCUCUUCCUUUCUCGGCGACAACUCUAUUCGAUCAACGCAGCCUCUUCUCCAUCUCUUUCGUUUCGAUUUCGGAAGAAGACAUGUUUCGAUGCAAUUAUCAAGAACCUUUUCGGGAUUAACCAAUCUCCUCUUCAAUAGAAGGAAUGUAGAUGAAGAUGUUGUUGAUGGCAAGAGAAAACGUUUGAAACCUGGAAAACUAUCUCCUCGUCGUCCUGUCCCUGCUCAUAUAACGAAACCUCCGUAUGUGGAUUCGUUUAAAGCUCCCGGAAUCUCAAGUGGACUUGAAAUCCAUGACAAGAAAGGUAUAGAGAGCAUGAGAGCUUCUGGGAGACUUGCAGCUAGAGUUCGAGAAUACGCUGGGACUUUGGUUAAGCGAGGGAUAACCACAGAUGAAAUCGAUGAAGCAGUCCACAACAUGAUUAUAGAGAAUGGAGCUUAUCCUUCUCCUCUUGGCUAUGGAGGUUUCCCUAAAAGUGUUUGCACUUCUGUUAAUGAAUGCAUCUGCCAUGGAAUCCCAGAUUCACGACCACUUGAGGAUGGAGAUAUAAUCAAUAUUGAUGUCACAGUUUAUUUAAACGGUUAUCACGGUGAUACUUCAGCAACUUUCUUCUGUGGAGAUGUCGACGAGAAAGCUAAAAAGCUAGUCCAGGUGACGAAAGAGUCUUUAGAGAAAGCCAUAUCAAUAUGUGGACCUGGUGUUGAAUACAAGAAGAUCGGCAAAAUCAUUCAUGAUCAUGCAGAUAAACAUAAAUAUGGAGUUGUUAGACAGUUUGUAGGCCAUGGUGUUGGACGUGUCUUCCACGCCGAUCCAGUUGUUCUACACUUCAGGAACAAUGAAGCUGGACAUAUGGUGUUGAAUCAAACCUUCACCGUAGAACCGAUGCUUACGAUAGGAAGCAGAAACCCUAUAAUGUGGGAUGAUAAUUGGACUGUGGUAACGGAAGAUGCAAGCCUCUCUGCACAAUUCGAGCAUACCAUUCUUAUAACCAAAGAUGGAGCUGAGAUCCUAACCGACUGUUAA